UGCCUGAACUGGCUCUCUGGUAUUGGGAUGAGCAUCGCCGUGCUGGGCCCCACGUUCCCCAACCUGGCCGCCAACGUCCGCAGGAACGUCAGCGACAUCUACUACAUCUUCGUGGGGCGGUCGCUGGGCUACCUGGGCGGGUCGGUGCUCGGGGGGGUGCUCUUCGACUGCAUGGACCCCCACCUGCUGCUGGCAUUGUCCAUGUUUGGAACAACAGUUGGGCUCUAUGGGAUACCCUGGUGUAAGAAAUCCCUGCUGUUAACUGCCUUGAUGUCAGUUAUCGGAGGUUCGAUGGGAAUUCUAGACACAGGUGGCAAUGUGCUGGCACUGAACACCUGGGGAGCAGAGGCUGGGCCACACAUGCAGGCCCUACACUUCAGUUUUGCUGUUGGUGCAUUUGUUGCUCCCCUCCUGGCUAAAAUGGCCUUGGGAGGCCCCGAAUCUAAAGACCUUCCAGUGGUUGAAAAGACAAACCAGUCUGUGCCAAGAUCUGUGCCGACAGGACUGAAGCAACAUUUUGGUGCAGAUUUCUUGUGGUCCUAUGUGGUCAUAGGGACCUAUCUCCUGUUUGUUUCUUUUUUCUUUUUUAUCUUGUAUUCAAAGGGCAGCUCAGCUCGAGAGAAAUCAAAGGCUUCUCAGCAGAAAGGCACGCUUGCCAAAUACCACUAUACCCUUAUUGCCCUCAUGUUCGUAUUCUUCUUCUGCUACGUGGGAGCAGAGGUCACUUACGGCUCUUACAUCUUCACCUACGCCAAGGUCUUUGCUGAGAUGCAAGAGAACGAAGCAGCUGCUCUGAACUCUGUCUUCUGGGGUGCAUUUGCAGCCUGCCGGGGUGUGGCCAUAUUCUGUGCUGCCUGCCUCUACCCGGGCACCAUGAUCCUGCUGAGCCUCCUGGGCUCUGCUGCCUCCUCUUUCUGCUUGGCCUUCUUUGCGGAGCACCCACUCUCCCUGUGGGCCGGAACCGCCGUCUACGGGGCGUCGAUGGCCACGGUCUUCCCCAGUGGCAUUUCCUGGGUGGAGCAGUACACGGUGGUGCAGGGAAAAUCCGCCUCCCUCUUCGUGGUGGGCGCCGCGCUGGGCGAGAUGUGCAUCCCUGCCAUGGUGGGGUAUCUUCAGGGCAGGUUCCACCACGUCCCCGUGGUGAUGUAUGCUUCGCUGGUGACCUCGCUGAUGACCGUGCUCCUCUUCCCCGUGAUGUACAAAUUGGCCAACUCUCCCCAAGAGAGCAACUUGAGAGAAACAAGGGACAGAGAGUACCAGAAAGCUCUGUUGUCAAACUCAGGGCUCACUGAGGAUGAAGAAGAUGAGGAGGAUGCAGCAGAGUGGAACGAGGCAGACUUUGAGGUGAUAGAAAUGAAUGACGCGCUGAGAAACUCUGUGGUAGAGACCUCCCGCAAGAUCCCAGGGAACUCUCCGGCCCAAGUCACUCUCCAGCCCCACCUGGAAGAUGUAUCCUGUGAUCCUCCACUGGUUGGGGGUGGCUCCCCUGGGGGAGAAGAUGGGAAUGUUGACCAGGAGAAGAAUGAUUAG